AGCCACUGUGUGUAAAGCUGUGUAAUUUUAUCCACGCUGCACUCUCUUGAUUCACGCAAGGCUGAUACCUUGCCUCCCCCUUUCCUUUGUAUCAAUUGGUCGGAGUUCAGGCUAUUGUCACUGGAAGGUUCUUUUAGAUCUGUGCACGCUGUCGAUCAGCGAAAUCUCACGAUAGGCUCCUUGUAGGAUCCUGAACUUUUUACAGUCCACUGUAGGGAGAGCAAAGGAGACGAUAACCGCCAGGACGAGACCACACUGUUGUCAACGCACCGGCCCUAAUCGACCACGGCUUCACCAGAUCACUUCAGAUAAAGAGACGGCAGAGGAACACAUCUGCGUGCCAAUGUUUCGUGGGCAGGAUCAUUACGUUGUGCCACCACUACUGCAAAGGCAUACGCCAACUCUUUAAUGGGACCCCGGAGGCCAUUUCUAUCCAUUCUUGUCAGAAUCUUACGAUAUACAGCCAUGCCACAAUGGUUAUAAUUCAGUUCCUGUUGUUGCUGAGUUUCUUGGACCAAAGCAAGCAGGAUUAUCUGUCUCCGAGGCUUGCUAGGACUUCAGGGACGCCUUGUGCCAGGGGCCAGGCGUGUGACCCAAGGCAGCGGAGAGAUGCUGGGGGACGCGGUGGAGUCUACGAGCACCUCGGAGGAGCACCAAGAUGCAGAAAACUUUACUGUGCAACUAAAUAUCAUUUGCAAAUACACCCAAGCGGGAAAAUAGACGGUUCUCUUGAGGAAAACAACCAAUUUAGCAUCAUGGAGAUCACAGCAGUGGAUGUUGGAGUGGUAGCGAUAAAGGGGAUAUUUUCCGGGAGGUAUCUGGCCAUGAAUGAUAAAGGACGUCUAUACGCCUCGGAUGUGUUCAACCAGGAGUGUGAGUUCCUGGAGCGGAUUCAUGAGCUGGGCUACAACACAUAUGCUUCACGACACCACUCCACCCUGCAGCCCCCUGCAGUGGGUGGCAGUGGCAAACGACGAGCCAGUGCCAAGCGGCAGUGGUAUGUGUCCAUCAAUGGUAAAGGCCGGCCAAGGAGGGGCUUUAAGACACGCAGCACUGACAAAGCCUCCCUUUUCCUGCCUCGAGUGCUAGGCAAUAAGGACCACGAGAUGGUGCGAAAGCUCCGUGACAGCCAGAGGCCUCCAGCUGGACAGCAGAGUCCCACUAUGGGCCGGGCUGAGCACCGGAGACGGAGACACCGGGCCCGUGGCAGAAAGGGCAGAACCAAGAGGCCUGGUGACUGACUGUCACUCGCCACUGCCUGAGCAGUGGGCCCUAUUUCUCCGCUGAGGAGCACCAGUUCACGGCACAUGAAAAUGACCAAAAACGGACUUACUGAAACAUCUGUUUUUAGAAGGAGAAAAUGUCACUUGGAUCAGUCAGUGGCAGCAAGCUAUACUUCAUUGAACAAGCUCACGCCAUAAUCCUUGCUUGAGAUACAUGCAACUCGAACCAUCCCCCACAACUAUUGCAAUACCAACACAAGAUUUGCCUGGGAAUUUGAGUCAGGCACAUACAUCUAAAGUUAAAUCUACCACUACACAAGUAUGAAAGGAUGAUAGGUUUGGUGUUUGUUUUGUACAUACACGUGUGAAUGUGACUAAAGUCAACACAGCUGGAUAUCUUCUUACUGUCUUAUU